CGGCAGUUUCCGGUAAACGCCGAAUUUAACCAAAAUAAUAAAAUAAAUACAUACUUUCGUUAGUUGUUUGCUUUUAUGAUCAUUUAAUAGAAGUGACAUUAAAAUCUUUACACAUGAGUAAAUCUAAAGUGUCAGCAGAAUGGAAAAAGAGAGUAAAAUCAGAGUAUAUGCGACUCCGCCAAGUAAAGAGGUUUAAGCGCGCAGACGAGGUGAAAGUGGCUUGGGCUCGAAAUUUGAGGAUAAUGUCAGAAGCAGUUGAAACAAGGGAAUCGGAAUGCCCUGACCGUGGAAGAAGGCCUUUUUGGCCUCUUCCAUCACCUGCACCCAAUCAUGAAAGCUUAAUGAAACGCGCAGAGGUCACAUAUACUGAUGCUUCAGGGGUUGUAAUAACACAGCAAGUCCCGAUACGAAUAAUCAAUUCGGUGAGUCCGAUCCCCACAAUGUAUACAUGGGCACCGACGCAGAAAAACUUUAUGGUAGAAGACGAGACGGUGCUCCACAAUAUCCCGUACAUGGGCGACGAGGUCCUGGAUCAGGAUGGUACAUUCAUCGAGGAGCUCAUAAAGAACUACGACGGGAAAGUGCAUGGUGACAAGGAGGGCGGGUUUAUAGACGACCAGCUGUUCGUGGACUUGGUGCACGCCCUCACCACCUACCAGACCAGGGAGGAGGUAGCAGACGAGCGGCGAGAUCGGGACUCUAGGCAGUCCACGGACGACAAUGACAAAGAGACAAACAAUGAACAGAAGGACAAAGAGAAAGACAAAGAAGAGAUUAAAGAUGCAGAUAAGAGUUUACCACUUGAUAAACAGUUUCCGAUAUUCACCAUAUUCCAAGCUAUCAGUUCGCAGUUCCCUGAUAAAGGCACACCGCAAGAAUUACGGGAAAAGUACACUGUGCUGACAUCUGUGGCGGACCCGCUGGCGCGGCUGCCGGAGUGCACCCCCAACCUGGACGGUCCGCUGGCGGAGUCCGUGUCGCGCGACCAGACCAUGCACUCCUUCCACACGCUCUUCUGCCGCCGCUGCUUCAAAUACGACUGCUUCCUACACCGAAGCCAGACGGCAGGUCUGCAAGCCUGCCACCCCGGACCCAACUUGUCCAAGCGGAAAGGACCCGACCUCAAGCCAUUCUCGGAGCCUUGCGGACCUAAUUGCUAUAUGAUGCUGGAGGGGAUGCGUGAGAAGCUGGCUCGUGAGAAAGCAGCUGGGGAGGAGGAUAAAGGGAAGCCGCACGCCAUCGACUCGCCCAACGACGCGUCCUCCGAGGACAGCAACGACAGCAAUCGCUACCAGAAAGGCAGUAAUAGCAAUUCAAGUAACAGCAACUGGAGUUCCAACAGCAGUCACGUGAAGCCGACCGCCGAUGGGCUAGCUGACAGCGCGUACAAUACACUAGGGUUGACAUUGGGAGAUACAGAUUCCGAGUGGACUGGUUCCGACCAGUCGCUGUUCAGAGCUCUUCACAAGGUGUUCCCAUCGAACUACUGCGCGAUCGCUCAGGUCAUGCUCUCCAAGACUUGCCAACAGGUGUACACGUAUUGGAUUAAUACUGGUCAAGAGGAGUGCCGCGUGGAGGCGGAGCUGACGCCGCCGCGUAAGAAGAAGAAGAAGCACCGGCUGUGGUCCGUGCACUGCCGCAAGAUACAGCUCAAGAAGGACUCCGCCUCGCACCACGUGUACAACUACACUCCGUGCGACCACCCCAACCAGCCGUGCGACAGUCUGUGCCCGUGUUUGCAGUCGCAGAACUUCUGCGAGAAAUUCUGUCAGUGCAGCAGCGACUGUCAGAACCGGUUCCCGGGUUGCCGCUGCAAGGCGCAGUGCAACACGAAGCAGUGUCCGUGCUACCUCGGGGUGCGGGAGUGCGACCCCGACCUGUGCUCGGCGUGCGGCGCGGACGUGCCCCCCGCCGCCACCCCCGCCGCCCCCGCCGCCCCCGCCGCCCCCGCCGCCGCCCCCGCCGCCUGCUGCAAGAACGUCUCCGUGCAGAGGGGUCUCCACAAGCACCUGUUGCUGGCGCCGAGCGACGUGGCCGGGUGGGGCAUCUUCCUGAAGGAGGCUGCGCACAAGAACGAGUUCAUCUCCGAGUACUGUGGCGAGAUCAUCUCGCAGGACGAGGCCGACCGCCGCGGGAAGGUCUACGACAAGUACAUGUGCUCCUUCCUCUUCAAUCUCAACAAUGAUUUCGUGGUGGACGCAACUCGCAAAGGCAACAAGAUACGUUUCGCGAACCACUCCAUCAACCCGAACUGCUACGCGAAAGUAAUGAUGGUGAACGGCGACCACCGCAUCGGUAUAUUCGCCAAGCGCGCCAUACAGCCCGGGGAGGAGCUCUUCUUUGAUUACAGAUACGGUCCAACAGAGCAGCUCAAAUUUGUCGGCAUCGAGAGGGAAAUGGAAUUCUUAUGAGAACAACACAAACAAUGACCCACACAGGUCGACCAAGGGAAUCUCGACCUUAUAACCAGGCCGCACAGUAUGUAAUCUGUCCUGCCAGCCGUUUUUGGCUGCUUUGUGAUUUUUAUAUUUAUAUUUAUUAAUGUAUUACCAUUAUGAAAUGUACUAUCAUCAUCAUCAUUUGCUUCUUCCUUAUCCCAUUUAUUUGGAGUCGACGUAAUAUGUUUUUCUCUUCCAUUCAUCCCUGUUCGCAGUCAUCUCGUUAUUUACUCCCUUUCUUACUAUAUGGACUAUAUACUAUGGAAUGGUGCACCUGCCUGCUCUAACGGUUUACGUUGGCGGGGCACCAGUGUAGGAUGAUAAGAUGAAACUUUAGCGCACCAUUACAUUAUUAUCUAUAAAAAAAACCUUUCAACCUAUACAAUGGGUCACUUUGAGUUGUUCCUACUGGUUACGGAGAGUUUUGGGUAUUCAGGAACUUAAGGUUAAAGACAAGUUAAAUAUAUUUCAU